AUGUCCAAGGACGCAGCUGAAGUCGAGGACUGGCUGAAGAAGCCUCUCUAUGUGUACGACCUCCCUCCCGACUUGCUGUCAAGCUUGACAGUCAAGACAAACGGCCAGCCCACGCCAGCUGUCACGACCGGAACAGCAACCCCCGACACCGCCGAAUCGACUGAAAAAGAGAACGGCAUCCCCGCGUCGAAUUCGUGUGCACUGUGCCAGGUCUCGUUUCAGGAUGUCCAGGAGCAUCGCGAGCACGCGCGCUCCGACCAUCACCGCUACAACGUCAAGGCGCAGCUGCGCGGCAACCGGCCACUGAACGAGGCGGAAUUCGCGAAAGCGAUCGGCGAGAUCGAUGAGUCGAUAUCGGGAUCGGAGACGUCUGAAUCGGAGGACGAGGACGACGAAGGCGCCCGUUCGUCAGAGUCAACGCUGGUGGCGUUGUUGAGGAAGCAGGCGAAAAUCUCCCAGGAGGCGGACGACAGCGAGGCGUCGCCACGACGCAAAGGCGUGGGAAAACAGCCUCUGUUCUGGUUUAGCAGCCCGCGACUGCCGUCCAACACGGCCCUGGGCGUCUAUCGAGCCAUCUUUACCGAUGUGGAACAGGACGAGCCGGACCACCUCGUUGAGUCGCUGCGGAAAAAGCAGCUGCCUCCCAUCAGACGACAGAACGGUGCUCAAGCUGCCGGCCAGGAUGCUGAGACCUCUGCGGCUGGUCCGCACAUCUUUAUGUGUAUGAUCGGCGGCGGCCAUUUUGCGGCGAUGAUUGUCGCGCUGGCACCGGAGAUCCAGAAGCGGUCCGGUGGUGUCGAGGAACGACAGGCGAGGGUGAUUGCGCACAAGACCUUCCAUCGUUAUACGACGCGAAGAAAACAAGGUGGUGCGCAAUCUGCCAGUGAUGCGGCCAAGGGAGCGGCGCAUUCCGCAGGGUCCAAUCUGCGGCGGUACAACGAGGCUGCGCUUGAGAAGGAGAUCCGAGAGCUGUUGCAAGAGUGGAAGGGCAUGAUUGACACGGCGCAAUUGCUGUUUGUACGCGCCACGGGGAGCACGAAUCGAAGAACGCUCUUUGGCCCGUAUGAGGGACAGGUGCUGCGACACAAUGACCCAAGACUUCGCGGAUUUCCGUUCAGCACUCGACGCGCCACUCAGGGAGAGCUGAUGCGGUGUUUCAAGGAACUGACCCGCGUCAAAGUCAGCCAGAUCGACGAGGGAGUGUUGGCCGCGGCCGAGGCGAAGCAGCGAGAGGCAGCGGCGGCCAAGUCGCCCAAGCCAACGGCGCAGCCGACAAAGCCGAAGAUCUCGGAGGAGGACGAAGCGGCGAUGCUUCACACGUCGCAGAUCCAGGCCCUCAUCCGUCGCUCGAAAGCGCCCGCUUUGCUGUCCUACAUCUCGAACAAUUCCAUCCCGCCAUCCUUCUCCUUCUACCCGCCUGAUGCCCCGCAGAACUAUCAUUCUCCCACGCCGCUUCAUAUGGCGGCGAAUUCAAAUUCGCCUGUGCUGGUUGACGCACUCCUCGUCAAGGCCAGGUUCGAUCCGACGAUAGCCAACAAAGAGGGCAAGACGCCGUUUGACCUCGCGAGAGAUCGCGCCACUCGUGAUGCGUUCCGCGUGGCACGGCACGAGCUGGGCGAGUCUGCAUGGGACUGGGAGGCAGCACACGUCCCGGCACCACUGUCUCGCGCCGAGGCAGAGAGCCGUCAAGAGCGCGAGAGAGAAGCCGCCGCAGCGGAGGAAGCCAACCGCCGCAAGGCGGAAACCGAACGGCUGAAGAUGGAAGAGGCCGCCAGGGCGGCCGCAACCGAGAAGCGGAAGAACGUCGGCGGCCGAACGCUGGCAUCUGUCGAGAAGACGGCCGCUGAGAAGAGGGAGGAAGAAAUGCGAGGCAUGAGUCCGGAGAUGAGGAUGAGGUUGGAGAGAGAGCGCCGGGCGAGGGCGGCCGAGGAGCGGAUUCGAAGGAUGCAGGGGAAGUAA